AUGAAGGCACCUAUUCAACUCCUUUUCAUAAUUACCUUUCUUGGUUCAUUCUUCCAUGCAAGGCCAGAAACCGACUCGUGUACCAGCAAUCUGAGUCUUAAAGUUCCUCUCCCUUUUGCUACAACCAACCUUCACUGCCUCUCUGUAUGGGAUGCUCAAGGUUUCAUUCUUAGAUAUGUUCAGACUUCUGCAAACAUUUGGAGCUUUAUUCUCUCAACACCAGACACAAAUUCCUACAUAGCUAUGGGGUUUUCGGCCAGCGGCAGCAUGGUGGGUUCAAGUGCAAUUGUAGGGUGGGUGGCAUCUAGAGGAGCCAGUGGAGGGAUAAAGCAGUAUUACCUUGGUGGAGUUACCUCAAAUCAGGUAGUUCCUGAUAAAGGCAACCUGCAGGUUAUAGGCAAUUCAACCUUCAUCAGUUUCCAAUCCUCUCGUCUUUACAUGGUGUUUCAGUUAGAAACCAACGAACCUCUGCCAUGGUUGAUACUCGCCACUGGAUCCACUGGUAUAUUCCCUGCAGCACCAAAUUAUUCUCUAAAAAAACACCUAGACAAGUUUUCCACAAGAAUAGACUACUCAAAAGCAAACCCUGGAAGUUCACAAGUGAAUGGAAGUUCUUCUUCACAAGGAGAUGGAAGUAGUUCACAAGGUGACUCAUGUAGCUCCAAGCUAAACCUAAGUGUUCCUCUUCUCUUUGACACAACCAAGCUCAAUUGUCUCCCUGUUUGGAAUGCCCAAGGAUUCAUCCUAAGAUAUUCUCAAACUUCUUCAAACAUAUGGAGCUUCAUUCUCUCAGCACCAAACCAAAAUUCUUACAUUUCAAUAGGGUUCUCUCCCAAUGGAGGCAUGGUAGGUUCAAGUGCAAUUGUAGGGUGGAUCUCAUCCAAUGGUGCUAGUGGAGGCAUGAAGCAAUACUAUCUAUCAGGGUAUGGACCAAACCAAGUGGUUCCAAAUAGAGGCAACUUGCCAAUUAUUAACAAUUCUACUUUGAUCACAUCGCAAUCAUCACGUUUGUACAUGGCAUUCCAGUUACAAACUAAUCAUCCUCUUUCUCGGUUGAUCUAUGCUAUUGGACCCAAUGGUGUUUUUCCUACGGCUCCAAGUUUUGGUCUAAUGAAGCACCAAGACAAAGUUUCCAUUACAGUCAAUUAUGCCACAGGCUCAAGUGCAAUAGGAAACCCUAAUAUGAACCUAAAAAGAAGCCAUGGGGUGUUGAAUAUAUUGGGGUGGGGUAUCUUUAUCAUAAUGGGAGCAAUAGUUGCUCGUUACUUCAAGGAUUGGGAUCCAUUUUGGUUUAAUUUUCAUGUUUCAGUUCAAUCAUUGGGUUUUAUUCUUGGCCUAAUCGGUGUAAUUAGUGGACUAAUCCUCAAUAAUCAACUCCAUAUUGAUUUUAAUCUUCACAAAGCACUUGGAAUCAUCAUUCUUGUUCUUGCUUGCCUACAGAUACUAGCUUUUGUUGCUAGACCAAAAAAGGGAUCAAAAGUGAGAAAGCAUUGGAAUUUAUAUCAUCAUAACAUAGGGAGAAUGGUAAUUAUAUUAUCCAUAGCAAACAUUUUCUAUGGAAUCCAUUUAGGGAAUGAAGGAAGUGGAUGGAUGGUAGGUUAUGGAAUUGUGCUUGCAAUAUUAAUCUCCAUUGCACUUAUUUUUGAAAUUGGAGUUUGGAGUAAACAUUAA